AUGACCGACAAUAAGGUCCCCCAGCCGGGGCCAGCCAAAUUAAAGCCCAAUGCCGGUCCCGACGAGUGGCUGGAAGCCGCAAAGGACUGCAAGUAUCUGUCCGAAGCCCACAUGAAACAGCUCUGCGAAAUGGUGAAGGAAUAUAUGAUGGAAGAAUCCAAUAUCCAACCCGUCGCUACCCCCGUUACAAUCUGCGGUGAUAUCCACGGCCAGUUCUACGACCUUCUCGAGCUCUUCCGCGUCUCGGGCGGAAUGCCAGAUGGCUCCGAGCUUGAUGCCCCUCAAACCUCCCCCUCCGUCAUCACCUCCGCCGACAUUGAGCCUCCCUCCUCCAUCACCGAUCCCAAGGUCCGAAAGAAGAUGCGCGGUUCUCAGCACGAUGACGAAGAAGGCGAAGACCCCGAACCCUCUCACACUCGCUCCGCCAGCGAGACCUCCUCCGCCCUAAAGCUUAACCGCAACUUUGUUUUCCUUGGAGAUUAUGUCGAUCGCGGAUAUUUCAGUCUGGAGACUCUGACACUGCUGCUGUGUCUGAAGGCGAAAUAUCCCGAUCGCGUGACACUGGUGCGAGGCAACCACGAAUCCCGGCAGAUCACCCAGGUAUACGGUUUCUACGAGGAAUGUUUCCAAAAGUACGGGAGUGCAUCCGUGUGGAAGGCCUGUUGCCAGGUUUUCGAUUUCAUGACGCUGGGCGCCAUCAUCGACGGCAAGGUUCUGUGUGUCCACGGUGGAUUGAGUCCCGAGAUUCGCACUCUCGAUCAAGUGCGCGUGGUGGCUCGUGCCCAGGAGAUCCCUCACGAGGGUGCUUUCUGCGAUUUGGUCUGGUCAGACCCGGAUGAUGUUGAGACGUGGGCGGUCAGCCCCCGAGGCGCAGGAUGGCUCUUUGGUGAUCGUGUGGCCGAUGAGUUCUGCCAUGUCAACGACCUGUCGUUGAUAGCACGGGCUCACCAGCUCGUGAACGAGGGAUAUAAAUAUCAUUUUACCAACCAGAACGUGGUCACCGUCUGGAGUGCGCCUAACUACUGCUACCGAUGUGGUAACCUGGCAUCAGUCUGCGAGAUCGGAGACGACCUCAAGCCCACCUUUAAGCUGUUCAGCGCCGUGAGUGAUGACCAACGGCACAUGCCAACGUCGCGGCCGGGCCGCAGCGAGUACUUCUUGUAA